CUCAGUCGGACGUCUAUUUGUGCUGUCACGCGAAAACCAUCUAGUGAAUAAGUGAACAGUAUUACCCUGUGCCCCGAUUUUGCGAACUUAUUUUGUUGUGUUUUAAAAAUUAUAUCUGGAUUUUUCUUGUGCUGAAGAGUUAUUUUUUUAAUGAAAAGAACAUCCCGAUGGCCUCAAAGUCGAGAUAAAACCUGUUAAAUCAAUAUUAUUACUUAAAGUUUAAGUGAAGUGUUUAAAGUAUUAUAAGUUCUGCAACGACUCUUCCGUGAACUUUAAGAAAAGCUGUCCCAAUGUAGAGAUUAACCAACAUUCCAACAUGGAGCAGUCAUUUGACAUCUUGAAGAAGCGCUCCAAACAUCCCCUUCUACUGCAAUCCGAUUCUUACGUUUAUAGUUGAAAACUGGAAAUGAUUAAUCGUAGAAUAGACGUUACAUUUCAAAGUGAUAUUAUGAGCUUAUAUGUUAAGUGAGAGAGAAAGGGAGAUGCCUUACUACGGGUAUAGAGAAGAAGGUCCAGGAUCGGAAUCAAGUGGGGGUUGUUCUGACUCGGAGGGGGGGAAUUCCGACUCAGAAGGGGGGUUGAGUACGGAGAGUUCGUCGGGCCAAGGACUACCAUUCCCCGGGUUCACGCCCGUCGCACUGCGUUAUCUGACGCAGGAGACGAGGCCAAGAAGCUGGUGUUUGAAACUCAUCACCAAUCCAUGGUUCGAACGAAUAUCAAUGCUGGUUAUCCUGCUCAACUGCGUCACGCUAGGCAUGUACCAGCCAUGCGUCGACGACCAGUGCAUCACCAACAGAUGCAAAAUACUACAGGUCUUCGACGAUAUAAUAUUUGCUUUCUUCACACUGGAAAUGACAAUUAAAAUGGUCGCGAUGGGAGUAUACGGUCAUGGUACAUACUUAGCCGAUUCCUGGAACCGGCUCGAUUUCUUCAUCGUCAUGGCGGGGGCUGUGGAAUACACUUUGAAUGUGGAGAAUAUAAAUUUCUCUGCCAUAAGAACAAUUCGAGUACUGCGGCCACUGAGGGCAAUCAAUCGGAUACCAAGUAUGAGAAUACUGGUGAUGUUACUGUUGGACACAUUACCUAUGCUCGGGAAUGUUUUACUUCUUUGUUUCUUCGUGUUCUUUAUAUUCGGAAUAGUCGGCGUCCAACUUUGGGCAGGAAUAUUGAGACAACGCUGCGAACUGGUCUUACCUCCAAAUGUUCUACGACCAAACAUAUCGUUUCACUACGAGUUCUCCAAAGAAUUGGAUUACAUUUGCACGACUCCGGAGGACAGCGGUAUGCAUCAAUGCGGCAACUUCCCACCGUAUCGUUACGGGCCUCUCGUCUGCAAUGAGACGGCAAAGCCUUUCUCAUACAAUAGACCAACGAACGCGUCUUGUGUUGACUGGAAUCAAUACUACACGAAUUGUACAGAAAGGGGAUCUAAUCCAUUUCAAGGCACGAUUUCCUUCGACAACAUUGGUUUGGCGUGGGUCGCCAUUUUCUUGGUAAUAUCGUUAGAAGGAUGGACAGAUAUUAUGUACUAUGUUCAAGAUGCUCACAGCUUUUGGGAUUGGAUUUACUUUGUCUUAUUAAUUGUGAUCGGAUCAUUCUUCAUGAUUAACCUAUGCCUAGUCGUCAUAGCAACACAGUUUAGUGAAACUAAAAAACGUGAAAUGGAAAGGAUGAGGGCUGAGAGAGCUCGUUUUACAUCGUCGUCUACAUUGGCUUCGUCAACAAAUAAUAGUGAACCUGCAACAUGUUAUGCAGAAAUCGUUAAAUACGUUGCCCACUUAUGGAGAAGAUUUAAAAGACGUAUGGCGAAAAAAAUCAGGGUCUACCGAUACCAAAAAGCUCAGAUACGUUGGCGACAAAGCCGAGAAACUCUUCAGCUACCAGCUAAUAAGCCUAAACAACAUCACCCUUGCUGUCCUAGAGCACAUCCACAGGGGAAUGGGGGUAAGGCGGGGGCGGUGGUAGGGCCGGAGGAGGGGGAGGAGCCGCUGAGCCGACCCAGCCUGUUGCGUGUGCCUUCGCUCUCCGCCGCAGAUCUCGAGAACGCUUCAAACUUAUCGCUUCUCUCGCCGCCGUCGCUGGCGAGGCGACGUUCAUCGGUUAUGUUCAGCGAUACGGUGUUGUUACACACGCCCACCACGCCGAUAGCGCAUCCACACAAUGUGUGCUCUUCCGAGAAAAUGACGCAAACAGAGUUCGACAUGCCCGCAAGUGAUACAGCGGACGAUCGUGCAGCCGCAGGUGGAACUAUGUCAUGCCAAGAACUGCUGGCACUAUCAGGGGCACUUUCAGCAGCACUACCUACUGGCCAAGUUGCAUUAGACUCAUUCUUUGAAGAACUAACAAAGGGAAUAAGCAAAAGAGCCGGUGAUGAAAAACCAGACACUAAAAUUGUCGAAAUAGAAGAUUUUUCGUGUUGUGCGGAUUUAAUAGCAGCGGAAGCGGCGGCGAAAGAAACGAGAAAAAGUCGCGUCUGCAAUAUCUGUUCAAGAUUCUGGAAAAGAAUAUCAAAAUUUCUAUUAUUAUUGAGGAAACAUAUUAAAACUGUCGUCAACCAUAAAUACUUUCAACAAGGUAUCCUUUUGGCCAUUCUCAUCAACACACUGUCGAUGGGCAUAGAGUAUCAUAAUCAACCAGAGGAGCUGACAGUGAUUGUUGAAAUUAGCAAUGUUGUAUUUUCUGCAAUAUUUGCUAUUGAGAUGGUACUAAAAAUUAUAUCCGAAGGACCAUUUAAAUACAUUUCUAAUGGAUUUAAUGUAUUUGAUGGUGUUAUUGUAAUAUUAAGUGCAUUCGAACUAGCACAUAGUUUCGGAAACGACAAAGACAUGGCGGGGAGUUCUGGUCUAUCGGUACUGCGUACAUUUAGACUUUUGCGUAUUCUUAAACUUGUAAGAUUCAUGCCGAAUCUUCGACGUCAGCUGUUUGUCAUGCUGAGGACAAUGGACAACGUUGCGGUCUUUUUCUCCUUACUUGUUCUUUUCAUAUUUAUAUUCAGCAUCCUCGGUAUGAACCUCUUCGGGUGCAAAUUCUGCGAGAAAGACGAAGAGGGUGACCAAGAGUGCGACAGAAAAAACUUUGAUACGCUCUUGUGGGCAUUUGUCACGGUGUUUCAGUUUUGCAAGUACAUCGAAGACAAUGGCACCGAGCGCGAUUGCACUUGCCCCGAGAUCAUUUCGCACCAUCCCAAGUGUGAGUGCGACAGAAAACACUUUAAUAACAUCCUGUGGGCGACUGUCACCGUGUUCCAGGUCCUGACACAAGAAGAUUGGAAUGUUGUAUUAUUCAACGGCAUGGAAAAGACAAGUCACUGGGCGGCGUUGUAUUUUGUAGCUUUAAUGACCUUUGGGAAUUAUGUUCUAUUUAACUUGCUUGUAGCCAUUUUAGUCGAAGGUUUUAGUUCCGAACGCAACGAAAGAAGGGAGCGUGAGCAACGAGAAUUAGCGAAGUCAAAAUUGUCUGGUGAAUGUUUUUCAGACCACAACGAAAUACAAUAUGACGAUUCUAAUUCAGGCUCUCAUUCUAGCGACAGUUUUUCCCAGAACGAAAUAAAAAACUUUUGGCGUUCCGCUGAUGACGUCAGAAAGGCGAAAGAUGAUGUGAAUGGUCACAAAGAGAAGGCAAUGAAGUCGAAACGAAAAACCAGAUCCUCAACACACCAUCCUACGCUGUGCAAAGAUUGCGCACAGUCCAAUAAAUGCAACUUACAAAAGGAAUCAAAAAUGUUAGCGAACAACACAGCAACAGAGAAUACAACCGUAGUACCUAUGAUAACACACACGGCGGCUACGCCACAAGACUCGCCAUCAACAACAUUGGAGCCCGGAGCAUCAUUCCGAGAUUUCAACAUGGUGUUAAGCUUGGAGAGAUCGUCAAUGGUAUCAAGUCUGGAUUCUAUUGAUAGAACAUCAUGCACAAGUAUACCAGGCUUACUCAAACCUCCAAAUAGUUAUACCCUAACAUUACAUUCAGCGGCAGCUCAACUAGGGGCCGAAAAAGCUCGUCUGCCGCCUAUGUCCCUAGCACCGCCACCUCUAACAUUAGGUCCUCCACCCACGAGGUCAACGACCCCAGGAGCAACGACCCCAACCACGCCUAGGUCGAUGCCAUCACCAAUGUUACCUGAAAAGAAUCUACAAGUAACUAUAGCUAAAGAAGACAAUUGUCUAAACGUUAGCGAUAAAUCCAGUCUUCUUAGCUCCCAGAAAAGUCUCGCAGUGACUACACCAACAGCAAACGGUGAUGAUAAAUGUCGUGUGCAGCGUGGGUACAGCUGGCGACUUUCUAGACCCAGUUUACGACGCAAAAAAAAACCUCGAAAUGAAACUGCUGUUUUACCGACACGACCCAACAAUCAACCACUACCAUUAAUUAAACAAAUAAAUGAAGAGGUUACCAUAACUAACAAUAUGUGUUUAUUUUCGUCACGAUUCAAUAGACAUCAAUACAGAUUUAAGGAUCUUUUUCGUUUUAUGGAACCAACAGGAUGUCUUAAGGAAAAAGAGGAUUACGCACUCUAUAUAUUUCCGCCAGAUAAUAAUAUUAGAAAAUUCUGCACAUGGAUGGUAACAAGGAGUUGGUUCGACAACAUCGUUUUACUCUUUAUCGCACUCAAUUGUAUAACACUGGCAAUGGAACGACCAAACAUACCUCCGGAUUCUAAAGAGAGAGCAUUCCUCUCAAGUGCCAACUAUGUCUUUACUGCAGUCUUCGCUGUUGAAAUGCUCAUAAAGGUUGUGGCAUCUGGAAUGUUCUACGGACCCGAAGCAUAUUUUACUUCCGGUUGGAAUAUCAUGGACGGUUCCCUUGUCAUCAUUUCAAUAAUUGAUUUAUUGAUGUCUCUUGUAUCAGAAUCGAGCCCUCGAAUAUUCGGAAUUCUCAGAGUAUUUCGAUUGUUAAGAUCAUUGAGGCCUUUAAGAGUGAUUAACAGGGCACCAGGACUGAAACUAGUUGUUCAAACGUUAUUGUCUUCAUUACGACCUAUUGGGAAUAUCGUUCUCAUAUGUUGUACAUUUUUCAUCAUAUUCGGCAUUUUGGGAGUUCAGUUAUUCAAAGGAGCGUUCUUCUACUGCGAAGGAGCUAAUAUUAAAAAUGUUAAAAACAGAACGGAUUGCUUAGCUAUCGAAGGAAACGUGUGGGUGAACCGAAAGUAUAACUUCGAUGAUUUAGGCAAAGCUCUUAUGUCUCUGUUUGUCCUGAGCUCAAGAGACGGCUGGGUCAAUAUUAUGUAUACGGGAUUAGAUGCAGUUGGAGUCGAUCAACAGCCAAUUGUUAAUUACUCAGAAUGGCGUUUAUUAUAUUUCAUUGCAUUUAUAUUGCUAGUUGGGUUCUUUGUGUUGAACAUGUUUGUGGGAGUUGUUGUCGAAAACUUUCACCGAUGUCGCGAAGAGCAAGAAAAAGAGGAAAGAGUUAGACGAGCUGCUAAAAGAGCUCUGCAAAUGGAAAAGAAAAGACGAAAAAUGCACCAAAGACCUUAUUACGCGGAUUACGGCCAGACCAGACUCUUUGUGCAUAACGUCGUAACAUCGAAGUAUUUUGACCUAGCCAUUGCCGGCGUCAUUGGUCUGAACGUUGUCACAAUGGCUAUUGAAUACUACAGAAUGCCCCCAGCUCUAGAAUAUGCAUUAAAGAUUUUCAAUUAUUUUUUCACCGCUGUUUUCAUACUUGAAGCGGUAAUGAAACUAGUUGCUUUGGGAAUAAAAAUUUACUUAAAAGACAAAUGGAAUCAGCUCGAUGUGAUUAUAGUAAUCCUUUCCAUAGUUGGAAUAGUAUUAGAAGAAUUAGAAACCAAUAUAAUACCGAUAAAUCCUACAAUUAUGAGAGUAAUGAGAGUUUUACGAAUAGCGAGGGUACUAAAAUUGCUUAAAAUGGCGAAAGGUAUACGAGCAUUAUUGGACACCGUGAUGCAGGCUCUACCACAAGUCGGCAAUCUAGGUCUCCUCUUUUUUCUAUUAUUCUUCAUAUUCGCGGCAUUGGGAGUCGAAUUAUUUGGACGCCUAGAAUGUUCCGAUGAUAUUCCAUGUCAAGGUCUCGGUGAACAUGCGCAUUUUGCGAAUUUCGGGAUGGCAUUUUUAACUCUAUUUCGGGUGGCAACUGGAGAUAACUGGAAUGGUAUUAUGAAAGAUACGUUAAGAGAGGACUGCGACAGCUCUGUGGACUGUGUACGAAAUUGUUGUGUAUCAACCAUAAUUGCGCCGAUAUUCUUCGUUGUAUUCGUAUUGAUGGCUCAAUUCGUUCUCGUCAACGUAGUUGUGGCUGUACUAAUGAAACACCUAGAAGAAUCUCACAAACAAAUGGAAGAUGAAAUCGACAUGGACGUAGAGCUUGAACGAGAAUUGGAGCGAGAAGCUGACGACGAAGAAGAUCGUGCUUUAUGUCGUGCAUUAGAACAAUGUACCUCACCUCCUAGACCUUUGAACAAAGUACCAUCUCUUCCAGCGAAUUUCACGUACAGUGAACCAAAACAGCAACCGAUACCAUCACCCAUACGUCGGCGUCGCACGCUACAUUCACAUCACGCUCUUCUACCAUCGCCUAUGUCAGUACCGCAAAGAAGAGCUUCAUUAUCUCCUCAUGCAUUUGGAAGACGUAAUCUGGAAUCUUUUGUAAGCACUCGAGCUGCUUUAUACGAAGAAGACGCACGUUUUAUUGACGCUGACGAUAUUGAAGAACUAGAGCCCGGUAGUCCACCUAGACGGGAUUCAUUUGCAAACAAUCGAAGACAACGAGUAGAUAAAAGAAAUUCCUUAAGAGGCGAAGAAGCCCGGCUACUUAGGCCUACUCCAGUUCUCCUAGCCGUCCCAUCUACGAGACAAAGUCUAAGACUUAUAGGGUCAAAGAAGCGGUCUUCGAUAGAGUCUGCUGCGAAUAGUGAUGUAGGCCACAAUUCUUUAAAAUCCCAUUUAACACCAGACUCUGUCGAGCAACCUAUAAGUGAAGAAGAAAGUAUUAGGAUCGUUAUUGCAGAACGAAGAAAAAUAGAGAAUGCGAAACCAGAAGUAGAUGAUACUGUAGAACUAACGGAAUGUGGGUCCUAGUCCAGGCAGGGCCGGCCGCAACAACAUCAUGAAGUAUACAUCUAAGAUAUUAAAGAGUUUCCAUCAAUUCCUACCUUGCUUCUAUAUUAUUAUACUUUAUAUUCCAACUGGACUGAUAUGAGACGAAAGAAGAUUGAAUCCGGUUGCUUAAAGGUGAAGACAGACAUGACAGAGCAGUCACUUUCGACAGUCUUCGCUUGUUACAACCGGCGGGUGACAAAAAUAGUGCCAGUGCUUGAAAAAACUAUAGACAACACUUGUGUUUUCCCCAUCAUCUUCGCUGUCCUCUUCACUUCAUCAAAUAAUGCGGCCGGUUUGAAUACUUCACAGACUCUAAUAAAUUUAAGGUUAAUUAAAAAGUUAUUGAGUGUAGCGUUAGGACUAGUCAAUUUGUUGUGGUGAGAUUGUUUUCUACGUGAACUAAUAUCCCUUCAUUAUCUUAGUUAUAUUUAGUACGGUGCUUAUGGUAAAACAUGUUAUACCUGUUAUAAUAAUCCGUGUUGACAGCUAAGAUAUACUAAGUAAAAAAAUAGAAAGCAAUCUUAAGGUCCUGUCCCACCAUUGGCUAAUAGAGGCUAGAUAGAUUAAAAAUGACGUCACGUUGGAUUGUUAUCAGACAAUUUACAAUUUGGUGAUACAGGCCCUAACUAUCAUAGUUUCCAUAUGAUCGUCAUACAAUAUAUUGCCUUAAAGGAGCUGUCAAUACGGGUUGUAUCAAACUUUCACCAUAAUUUAAAAUAGUGUCAAAAACAUUCAAAAUUGAUGUAAACGAUGCGAUGUUUAGUGUUAAAAUAAUGUAUAAAUGUGUAGUUAUAUUUAAUCUGUCAAUUCUAAUAAAAUGGAGGUUUCAAAAUCAUUGAAGUUAAAUAUUGUGUAAGACAACGAUUCAAUUAGGAAAUAGCAGUAUUAUUUACUUAGUUAUGCACUAAAAAGUGCUUUAAACAUUGGUUCUGUAUAACAAUAUAGAAGAAUGAAAAUUAGUUUGCAUAUUUCAUCUAUAAAACAAUUGAAAUACUAUUUUCUGAUUACAAAAAUCCUAUUUUCUUAAUUACGACUUAAUUACCAGUAGAUCUAACUGUCAAAACGCACAGGAGUUUAGUUGAUAGAUUAAAAAAUAAUAUUGGACUUGUUAAUUAUCGUAUUACAGCACUGAAUAUUAA